AUGGUGCAGACAUUAGAGCUACAAGCUACACAGGACGGUAUCAUCUGGCCACGUAGACCGCUUGUAAGUAGCAAGGGGCUUUUAUCGUGCGUAAAGAAUCUCUCGUAUAGCUUCCAUGACAAACGCUCGGCUAGUUUUCGUGCUGUAUCGUUCAAUGCCUCGGGUGAUCUCUUGGCUGCAACGGACGAGCGAGGCCGUAUCUUUGCGUUUUAUGUGACAGGCAAUCGCUAUUCAUUGGUCCAAAAUAUUGGAACUGCUACUAUUUAUUGCUGCUUUAAUCCCAAGCGCAAGACGGAGUUGCUCGUGACCUGUGAAGACAAGACAGUGCGCUGCAUUGACGUGCAGUCGCAAGUGCUCAUUAGCACGUUGCGCGGCCACAAAUUUCCGGCGCAAUGUGCGGCCUUCCACGAUUCAGGACAAUUAGCACUCACGGCGUCACAAGAUGCGGUGAUUUUGUGGGAUACAAAGGACUGGUCCAGGUAUCGCGUGCUAAACGCUGGACCUGGAGUGCAGGAGGCCACGUUUGUGGCCCGAGGAACCCUUGUAGCCGUGUGUUUCCAAGAUGAUACUAUUUUGAUGUGGGAUCUAGAGUCACUCGAGUUACAUUAUAGGUUCACGUUGCCUGAGAAGGAACAAUCGCCUGGAUUACAGAGGAUCACAGUCUCGGAUGACCAUCAAGUGCUCGUAGCCAGUGGACGAGCGCCAUUUAUCUACGUGUGGGACUUUGAAUCACAGACGAUUAGACGCAUUAUGGAGCUCCCAUCACCGAUCAAACAAGUUGUCAGGCAUGCAUUUCUUCCGCGACAUAAUACAGUGAUAGGCAUUUUAGCAGAUGAUGGAGACGUCUUCUUUGUUGACGUUGUAGCGAAAAACCCACAGGUCCAGCUAGAAAUCUCAAACCCAGGCUGUACUAUUCACACUUUUGAUAUCGAGUGCCAUUCUCGAUAUCUCGCAGUGUCGACAAGCGACGGGUUUCUACUGUUGUACGAUAUGGAAAUCGCACGAGAAACGGCUGCUCGAGCUCAGAGACGGCAAAUGAAAAAUGGAUUGGUAAAGUUAGGGGGUCAUGAUUGCAUACAUGCUCGACCUGGCUUGCAAAAACCAGGAUUCUCCGACGAUGUGGACCCAAAAGCAGACACACCAGAGGAUAAUCACCCAGUCCCUUCGAAGCUUAUUGACAGCUUGUUUGGUGCAAAAUAUACUAGACAGACUGGCAGAAGAGCAAAGCAGAAUCGAAGUGGCGCAACGACGAGUUCCAUGGAAGCCUCUCUCAUGCGUCGAUCGAGUGCCACGCAAGCAAAUGUCCGGACUGCAAUAGGGUCGCCUAAUGCGCUGACUACGAAGGUGAAGGUGGCUAAUGACAACUCUCCGACAUGGCGAAAGAAAUUUCGAACUCGGAAAACGAGUUCAAUAUCCCGCUUUCCUGCUCAAAUGACAGCUCAAGAAAUUGAAGUGAAUCGAAAGCGCCUUGUGAGAUUUUUGAAGUGCAAUGGUAAGUACCCCAAGAAAUACCGCGUUCUCGUCUGGCGAUUCCUUCUUCGUCUGCCUAAAAAUGAAGAAGCUUUUCUGUCACUAGUGGCGAAAGGUAAACACCCAGUAUUCGUCCGACUAAAUGACCAAUACUUGUUACAAGAUGGUCGUACCUUUCGUCGUCUCCACCGUAUUCUUUCGGCAAUGGUGUAUUGGUGUCCUGCCUUCGGUAAUGUGGGCUGUUUACCCGCUAUUGUGUAUCCAUUUGUCAAGAUUUUCCGAGAAAACGACCUGGCAGCAUUUGAAACAAGUGUCAGCAUCAUGCUUCACUGGUGUGGCGAAUUCCUUGUUAGCCUUCCGUAUCCACCCGUAUUCGCCAUGCACGCAAUUGAAAUCGAAUUGGCUCGGCAGGACGCUAAGCUUUACGAUCAUUUUACUCAAUAUCAAGUUGCGUCUGAGACCUAUGCCUGGAGUUUACUCGAGACUAUUUUUACAGAAGUGCUGAGUGAAGACGAGUGGAUGUGUCUGUGGGACCAUCUUUUCACAAUGUCGGACACGCCACAACUCCUGUUUGUUGCAGUUCUGGCAUACCUCUCCUACUUUCGGACAGCUCUCCUCGCCGUUUGUGAUCGAUAUUCAAUUGAACAAUUUUUUCACCAGCAGAACUCAAUCAAUAUCCAGAAGUUUAUUCAACUGAUGAUGAAUUUGCGCAACAAGCUUAACGUAAACAGCUUUACGGUAAUUGAAGACCCAUUAGCUGGAGAUAGCACAGCCCAAGGCCAUGGACGGUUCUGGCCACUGUCGAGAGGACAUUACCCUACUUUUGCACCGACCUCGCAAUUUAUUGUAGACUUCCAAAUUAGCGAACGCAACCGUAUCGCUUUGGUAAAUGCACAACUAGCUUAUAAGCAAAAGUUUCUCGACCACAGUGAAGGCGGGUCUGACACAGUCCGAGGACGCGCUGAAACAUCGAAAGUAAAAGCACACGGAAACGAAGACGAGAACUCUCGACACCAUUUGCGAGAAUAUACCCGUCGAGAAGCAGUUGCUGAAGCUAGAGUACAGAACAGCUGCCACGAUCAUCAUAAUCGUGAUGAUGCCUCGCAUUCAAACAGGGAAAGAAAAUCACACUGUCGACGAAACGCCCCUGCUGGUGACGAACUUCAUGGUAACGCCCUUGAAGGACAUGAACCGCUACCGAGAACUAAAGCCUAUGAGUUUGCCGUUCAUACGCCUGUGGAAAGACCGCUCAGUAUGAGCUUGGCAAGCGUUUCUUUGCGAAAAGGGAUGGCAAAAGCGAGUUUAGUCGAAAAGACUCUUUGCAAUUUUAGUAGCAGAAUCAGUAGUCACAGCAGCGAUGGUAGUAUGGAGAGUCUCAUACGAGAUGAAGUUGCUGUUGACGAGGUCAGUUCUACUCACAGCAUUGAAACGAUGAGAGGUGUCAGGAUGACAGAAGAAGUGAAAAGUCAGGACCGAUAUGCCGCAGGAUGUAUUACCCGUCCAAGCGGUAAACAGUCGUCUCUACAAGCCGCCCUUGGUCUCUCAGAGGUGGAGAGCAAGGCAAUAAGGACACCACACGCCACGCAAACGGUCUCACAGGAGCACCUGGAAGCAAAUAUUGCACCACAAGCUGCCCGCGAGAUCACCCAGGCUCAAGAAGAAGAGGUUCAAUUUCCGCUUCAGCUUUCAGUGAAAAAUGAAGACACCACUUUUACGCCUCGAGCUCUUUCGAACCUACCACGAUCACAGGAGGGACUCGAGCCUAUGUUUAUUUCGCAAGAUAGCAAAGUCUGUACGCUUGCGAAUAACGACAAGCUGUCCGUACUUGAAUCCACCACAGAAGAAGACUCAAAAGCGGUGGAGCUUGCAUACAUUCCACGUCUGAAUUCCAAUCGUAUUGAUUCUAAUGCCGGUGCUGAGCAAGAUGUUGCGCCUGUCGAUGAUGUUGUUGAGAGCUGCGACAGUGACAGCAAGGGAAACGCAAAUGACUUGACCGUGAUGGCUCCUUUGCAACGGCCAAUUGCCGAGCUUGAAAAGAGACUUGGGAUUUGCUUUGAUGAUUUCAGCGAUAACGAGAAGGACGAGCACGAAAGUGUCGAUGGAUUGUUCGAUAUUCUGGACACCAGUGAGGAAAACGAAAGUAUCGAAGAAGACCGCGUCAAUCUACUGUAUCGUGCUAAACGGCUGUUGGAAUUAUCAAGCUUUGAUACUGAUAGUAACGAGGACCUGUAA